GCUAAUAGUUUGUGAACUUAAGCUUGAACAUUCAUGGGUUAUGCAACCAGAAGUUCAUCACCGAACGUCUUGAAAAAAGUCAAAAUGAAGGUGAUGCGUUUUCUAGUCAAAGUACUGACUUAAAUUUGACUGUGACCUUAGUAGGUCAUUAACGCUCAAAAAUCCUCCAACAUGGCUGAGCUAUUCCUCCCACUAUAUAUGAUCUGUUGUUUCAAAUGCUUGAUGGCAGUGAAGUUGCAAAGCCAGUUAUAUCAGGAUUGGAAGGCUAUUAGUUUUCACAUAUGUAACUCAGUAACUUUUAUCCACUUAAUAAAUUAAAUAACUGGAAAGCUAAAGUUUGCGAUUUCUAAAGUAACCAUUUUCUGUUAUUAAAAUAUGCCUGGUGAUCUGAAACAUUUAGUUGUGGCUGAAAAGAAAAAAAAGAAGAAAAGACCAAACCUUAUUUUAUAAGACUGUUAGUAAUUCAAUUUAAGGAAAUGUUGCAUUUUUAAUAAAAACAUUUUUUUUUAGUUUUUAUUGUUACAGUUGUACAUUUCCCAACUUGUUCUCUGUUGAAAGUGUUAAACGAUGCCAUCUGGUGGUUAAAUAUAUACAAUGACAUAAUGGUCACGUCGUGUUUCUGCAGAGUAAUCCAAUCAUUUAGAGAUGAAUCAUCUAUUCAUGCAUCACCAAAGUAACUCAAACAUAUAUUUUUUUGUUAAUAUAGCAAUAAUAAAGAGAAUAAAUACAAUGAUUUAUUUGAUGUAACUCAUGAUUGUAACAUAUUUUUUGUCCAAAUACAUAUGAAGCUGCAUUAACCCCUUAACAGUCACAUAAAAAAAAGUGCAAGCCAUGAGGACACGCACGUAUCCUCAUGAUAGUUAAGGGGUUUUAAUGUUGAAGAGCAUGUUCUACAGCUUCAGAUAAAGAAGGAAAAUAUACCUUUCCAUUCAUAGCCUCUGGGAUAUAAUCCUCUCCUCACUCCGUUUAAUCUGUGGUGGAGUCGGCCUCAAACAACAAAAAGCCCCAACAUUGCAACAAUCUGUUGAAAAGUCUCAUUUUGCCCUCCUACAUCUUUUCUCUCUUUUUGUUUAUUGCAUUCUGUUAGUUUAGUUAGCAUGCACAGCUCUAACACACAAUGCAACAAAAAGUAUAUAAAUAGAGUCUCAAGUGCUUCUGUGGUAAGCAGGUUGCCUUUACAGCUGCUCCACCUAUCGUUUCAUUCCAACAAGGUCAGGUAUUCAAAGGACUUGUUUUUUAGAAAAGGAAACAACCUGAACACACUGAAUAGCUUUGUCUUCUCCUUUAAAGGUGUGGGCGGAGAGUAGAGUGCAGAGUUAAGUUUCACUGACACCUCCCUCUCUAGACUCACAAACUGCAGAAGAUCAGUCUUGUUGCAGUCCUGAGUGGUGCUCUCGGCUGGGAUCUUAGUGCGUAUGUUGUUGUAUUUUUUUUUCUCCCCCGACUCUUGUGGAUGUGGCUGCCAUCAAUGACGAACCACAACAGGACACUCUGGGAAACUUCUGCGACAGGUCUAUUCCCUCUCCAAAAGUCACUGACCGCUGAAAAGGAUUUAAGCCACUUGGACUUCUCUUUCCCUCAUAUGUCUGUGAAUUUUCAUAAAUCAAAUAAGAAUUUCCAUCAAGUGUGGAGAUGGCAAAGUUGCACAGACUCUAUGUAGUUCUACUAACAGCUCUAGCACUGUGGAAACGUUGUCUGGCAGAAUGGAACGCCACCGACGGGUCCUCCAACCAAACCGCAUCCGUCUGUCAAGACAACUGUACAGCAGAGAAAGAUACAGAACAAUCGAAUGGCCACUUCUCAGAAUGUCCUGAGGAGCUGCUUUAUUACUGCAUCCACGGAGAGUGUCGUUACAUUAAGGAACAAAAGGCAACAUCCUGCAGGUGUUACGUCAAUUACCACGGUCACAGGUGUGAAUAUGUGACGUUGGACCUGCAAAUUGGUCGCAGAGAACAAAUCAUAAUAGGCUGCGCCAUUGCAGUGCUUCUGCUGUUGAUGAUCCUCGUUAUUUCCAUCUGCAUCUGUUCACAUCGCAGGUGCAGAUUGUGGGGACGGAGGAGAAGACAGACGGAGGAGCUGAGAAACGGAACAGGGAAACGCAUCAUGCCGGACUCGAGUCCAUCACACUCAACAGAGCUGACACCUAUCAACUCAGUAUGAAGACUCUGUCAGAGACGCCUUUAGGCAUCACAUGUUUACGCACGGGGUCGCUUCUGGCUGCAGGCUCACAGUAAAUGCAGGAGGCCUCUGGUGGACCCUGGUCAGCAUCGAGGCCGACGAGGAACACCGCUUCACAGAAAAAUAUGUCAACCUGUGACAGAAGCUCAGAAGCUUCCUCUUGUCCUUCUGGAGACCUGCUGUGUUUGGAACAUUAAACAGGCUUUUGGAAACAAACAAACAAACAAACAAACAAAAAACCAAGAAGAAGAUGCCCUCCUGGAUUUAUGAUAAAUAUGAACUGGGGAAGAGUGUUCAGCUGCCUGGGUGCUGGAAAGGAGGCUUUUGUUUUAAAAGUUGUGGAGCAACAGACAUGGCCUUUCGCCGAGUGCUGCUGACCACGCAGCACUAAAUAAAUUGUUGCUAUGUUGGAAAAAGCUGCGAAGCCAGCUGGCAGCCAAUGGUAACACUCCGUCAGGUUGGCAUCUACACUGUGAGAUGAGAGGAAAGCUACUGUCCUUUUAGGGAAACUGAGCUACAGAGAUCAACCUUUAUACAGAUUGUAACACAGCUGCAGCAGCAGGCUUGUUUACUGCUUGACUAGCUUUUAUGUGCCACAUAAUGAUCAGUUAUCACUUUCAACUUAUCACUGCAGAGCCACGUCUCCACGUAUGAUCGCAGACGAUAUUGUUACUCGUGUGCAUGACCAAAUUCAAGAAGAGGCCCGUUAAGGUCGGAGCUACGUUAACCACACGGUUCAAAAAGGACAAGCAGAUCUUGUGCUGGAGGCCCUUUUUUUUUAUCUGUAUGUUUAGAGCUGAGCAGCCUGGAGGCUACAGAACAGAACAGCUGAGUCUGUGUGCGAGGGCUGACAGAGCUGCUCUGUUUCACAGCUGCCAAACUUUCACUGAGAUUUCAGAAUGUAACCAUGUAGUCAUAAACUCAGACUCAGAUAAAUCUGGCUCUGAGUUUUAUAUCCAUAAACAUGCUGUUGCUUACUUUA